AUGGACUCGGCGCCAGCCUUCGCCAUGGACAAGCCGUUCGCCCCCGGCGCCGUGCGCGGCCCGGAGCCGCCCGAAAACCCUCAGAGCCGGAAAAACUUCAGCGUGAGCCACCUCCUCGACCUGGAGGAGGUGGCGGCCGGUAUGAACGGGACCCCCGCGGCCGGUCCCCCGCCCGCCGGUGGCGGCAAGGCCAUCCCGGAGCCGUCGGGAGGCAGCAGCGGCAGCGAGGCAGCGCCCCAGGACGGUGAGAGCCUGAGCCCGAGCCGUGGGGCGGCCAAGAGGAAGAAGAAGCAGAGGAGGAACCGCACCACCUUCAACAGCAGCCAGCUGCAGGCUCUGGAGAGGGUCUUUGAGAGGACGCACUACCCCGACGCCUUCGUGCGGGAGGAGCUGGCGAGGAGGGUCAACCUCAGCGAGGCGAGAGUCCAGGUCUGGUUUCAGAACCGGAGGGCCAAGUUUCGCCGUAACGAGAGGGCCAUGCUGGCCAACAGAUCAGCAUCACUCCUCAAAUCCUACAGCCAAGAGGCAGCCAUUGAGCAGCCCAUGGCGCCACGACCCACCGCACUGACCCCGGAGUAUCUCUCCUGGACCAGCACCUCCCCGUACAGCACUGUGCCCUCCUACAGCUCCAGCGGGACCGCGACGCCCACCCAAGGGGUGAACAUGGCCAACAGCAUCGCCAGCCUGCGCCUCAAAGCCAAAGAGUUCAGCCUCCAUCAGAACCAGGUGCCGACCGUGAACUGACCAGGGCAAAGCCCGCCCAGUGGCCUCAUCCAGGAUACAACGUGGAGCUCCUGUGCCGGUCCAGGACAAAUCCGCCACCUGCCCAACACAUGUCACUCAUCCAGUGUGUCUCAGCACCUCUUCUCUCCUCUUCCCUUCCCUUUUGAAGGUAGAGUCAGUCCCCAGGCCGAAGUGGCACAUAAUUAUAGCCACAUAUGGAGCAAACUUGGUUAGAAAUUUGCUUUUCCGCACACCCUUAUAAUAACGGCUAUAUAUACACACACAUACCCCCCACGCGCUCUUCGAGGACAAACAGACUUGCCAAGGGAACAAGAAUUUGCUUCCAAACAUGGAAGGAUCUUGGACUAUUGGAUUUGACCAAUUUGGGUAUCUCGCCCAGAGAGCCAAAGAGUUCUUGGGUCUUCUCCUCCCGUGGGGACGUGCAGCGGUGGGAGGACCACGAGCUCCCCUUUCCGCCAGGCUGUGACUUGUGGUGCUCAACCACAAGUGCCGAAGCUGACCUGUGUGUUCACCUCUUUGCGCAGCCCCAGCCACAGCGUUUGGGACUUUGGGAAGCUGACGGCUCACCCAUGCCACGGCCAGUCCCAGCCAGCCCUCUGCACUGUGCUGCCUGCAUUUAGGAGUAGCCUAUUCAAUGGCAUCAGGCUUUGUUCCUUCCCAGAGGAGCAAGGAGGGCUGGAGCAUCUCA